AUGGCGACUGGUGGACUGGCGUCGUUCUUGGGGACAAUGAUCGCUAUUGCCGUCGCUUACCGUCUAUCACCUCUGCACCCGCUUUGGCGCUUCCCUGGCCCCUUCCUCAAUAAGAUCACGUCGCUGAAGACCAUGCACAUGGUGUCUACUGGUCAUCGUUACACUAUUAUCAAGGGGCUUCAUGAGCAGUAUGGUAAAUUUGUUCGAACUGGUCCCAACACACUCUCUAUUGCAUCUGUCGAAGCCGUGCACCCCAUCUACACGACUGCACAGAGCAUGGAUAAGAGCAUGGCGUACCGUCCUGGACGUGCCCCAGUCGGAGGAUUGUUCUUCACUCCCGAAAGAGAUAUCCACAACAUUCGCCGAAAAGCUUGGGCUGGUGCCUUCAGCGCUAAGUCACUUGUCAAGCUUCUUGCCGUCGUUGAUAAGCGCACGAAGCAAAUGAUUAAAGUCAUGGACAAACGUCGUGGUGCUGAUGGUGUGAUUGACAUGUCUGAGAUCAUUCGUCAUUGGGCAUAUGAUUUGAUGCAUGGCUCCAAAGUGACCCAGGAACUUAUGGCUGAUGGUGACCCAGAGAAUGUCUCUGAGAAUGCUCAAAACGCCACAGUGGUUUUCGAAGUACUUGGUGAAGCGCCUUCUAUCUUCGACAUUGCGUGGAACUUGCCCGCUUCGGAUGAGUUCCAUGUCCUGGAGAAGACCGCCACAAAGCUCAUGGACGUUAGGAAGCACAUAACUGGUGAUGACAUUGCGUCGUACCUGCUUGGUGAGAAGGGUGGUGAGCGUCUUGGUGAUGAAGACCUCAACAUUGACUCUGCCUUUGCCAUUGCCGCCGGAUCUGACACCACGGGAGGAACCCUUACUAUCCUUCUGUUCUAUCUCCUCCGUGACCGUGCUGUCUACAAGAAACUUCGUGAUGAACUUGAUGCUCAUUUCCACAGCCUCGAUGAAAUCGAUGAUCCUAAGGGCCUCCAAGAACUCCCCUACCUCAAUGGUGUUGUCUGGGAGGGUCUUCGUCUUGGUACCCCAUUUGGUGGUCUCCCCCGUGUUGUUGGAGAGGGUGGGUGUACGAUUGACGGUGAAUUUAUACCCGAGGACAUCAUUGUGUCGGUCCCACCUUAUACCCAGCAAACCAGUCCAGAGAACUUCUACCCCUUACCUAUGGAAUUCUUGCCAGAAAGGUGGCAGCCUGAGGGUCUUGGUCCGGAGACAAUCACCAAGAAAAACGCGAUGUUGUGUUUCUCAUAUGGUGCAUUCAGUUGCCUCGGCAAGAUCUUUGCUACGCAGGAACUUCACCUCACAGUGGCCAAGCUCAUGAUGGCAUAUGACAUGGAGCUUCCCAGAUCAUUUGACCAACAGAAGUUCCAGGAUGGUAUACUGAAUAUGCGCACAACACUUUUUGACUACCCCCUCGCUAUUACAGCUACGGCUCGCGACUAA